AUGGCGGCCUGCGCUUGCUCCUGCUCCGCAGCCAUUUUCCAGCCAGACUCGGGGUAUACACCGUUUAAUUCUUUUCAUCACGAUCAUUACGAUUUUUCUUCUCUCGCUCCGCCGUUACACUACAUUCCCUCGGCUGAGCCACAUUUCUUUGAUACCUUUGCGCUAGAGCCAGAGUUUUGGACAGAGCCAGUUCUAUCCUCUGCUGAUUCGGACGGGAAUCUUACAUCUACCGAUUUAAGUGCGUUCGCCGAAGGCUUUGACGUCGACAUUCCUUUUACUAUUCCUGAUUUCAGCGCAUCUACAUUUCCUUCUGUUUCGGAUUCGGGAUCAAAUGAACCCCAUACCCUUCAAUCACCUAUCCAAUCCAGCUCGGCCAAUUCACAAACCGACCACUCAAAUGCUCCCUCUGUCUCUCAACCCCCCGGUACUGUCUCAACAUUUUUGCCUAGCCCUGCAACAUCGCAGGGUGAUGAGGUUUUGGGUUGUGUAGACUCGUCACGCGUUGAAAAACGCAAGCUGAACACCCUCGCGGCUCGGAGAUGUCGACAGAGACGCGUCGACCGGAUGAAGAGUUUAGAGGAAGAAUUGGAGAACGUGCGGAGGGAACGCGAUGAGUUGAAACUAGAGGUUUCGAGACUUAAAGGUGAAACGGAGGCUAUGAGAGGGCUACUUACUCGAAAGGGUACAUGA